AUGGCAAUCAACCAAUCCAAUUUCCAGCAAACUACACAAGCUGCCAUCUCCAAGUUGGAAGUCCAAUUAGGCCAGAUAGCUGCUGAAAUAGCUCAAAGAGAGCCUGGGAAAUGGCUAAGCCAAAGUGUGAUCAAUCCAAAAAAUCAAGAAGCCAAGGCCGUUCAUGUGCUCAUAUCAGAGGAUGAAGAUGAAAAGGAGACUAUAGCUACGAAAGGAGAACAACCCAAAACUUCUCAGUCCGCUCCUAAGGCCAAAUCAGAUUCCCAGGAACCAAAUCCAUUCCAACUGCAUAAAGGGGAGACAAAUUCGUGCCACCACUUCUUCAAGGAGAUAGAUACGUGCCACCCGCUCCAUAUGUUCCAUCGAUUCCAUUUCCUGGCCAUUCCUGCAUAUGGAAAAUUCAUCAAGAACUUGAAAACUCACAAGCUCAAUUUUGCUCCAAAUGAGGAAACAAAGCUCAACAACAAUGUAAGUGUUGUGUUGCAAAGAAAGCUUCCACCAAAACUAGAAGAUCCUGGCAGCUUUGACAUUCCCAUUAACAUUGGAGAUAAGAAGGUUGCAAGAGCCAUGCUGGACUUGGGAGCAAGCAUCAAUGUAAUGCCAUAUCCAAAAGGUAUUGUAGAAGAUAUUUUAGUUCAAGUUAAUACACUCAUUCUUUCAGUUGAUUUCGUAGUGAUGGACAUGGAGGAUAACCCAUAUGGAGAUCGUGUUGAUCCCAUUCUCCUCGGCCGACCAUUCAUGGCCACUAUAGACACAAUUAUCAAAGUGAGAGAUGGCACCUUAUCCUUGACUGUUUUGGGUGAAACUGUCACCAAGACUUUUCUUACCUUUUCCACUCGGGUAGCUUACUCUAUAAAAAAAAAAUCUAAUGAUGCUCUAGAAGCUAUCCUAACACAAGAAGAGGAAGAUCUCUAUGGACCAGAGUUCCAAGAAGUGGUGGUGGCCUUAGCAGUGUUUCAACCAUACCCACCGUCCUUUAGGCCACCACUCGAGCCUCUUGGACCAUCCUCCACAAAAUUGGAGUCAUCCAUUAUCACCCCGCCAAAGCUAGAACCUAAACCUCUACCUAAUCAUCUUAAAUAUACUUAUUUGGGUGCUAAUGAAACUCUCCCUGUUAUAAUUGCUAUAGGUCUCACCUCAUAUGAAGAAGACAGCUCAAUUGAAGUUCUAAAAGAGCACAAAACAGGCCUUGGAUGGACCAUAGCAGACAUCAAAAGAAUUAGUCCAAGCAUGUGCAUGCACCGAAUUUUAAUGGAAGAAGACAGCAAACCAUCCCAUUCUAAGUGGGUGAGUCCUGUGCAAGUUGUUCCAAAGAAGUCCAGAAUCACCGUUGUAAAGAAUGAAAAGAAUGAGCUAGUUCCUAUACGAACUAUCAUUGGUUGGAGAGUUGGCAUUGAUUAUAGGAAGUUGAACACAUCCACGAGAAAAGAUCAUUUCCCCUUGCCUUUUAUUGAUCAAAUGCUUGACCGUUUAUCUGGCCAUGCUUACUACUGUUUUCUUGACGGAUUUUCAGGUUAUAAUCAAAUUCCCAUUGCUCCAGAAGACUAG